AGCUUACAGCGUCCUACGCCCUUCGUUUAUAUGCGACCUGCUCAGGGAUUUAUUCGUCUACCCUUUCGUCCGCCGUGGUCGCCAUGUCUGUCCAAGUAAUUCCUCGUGUGCGCGACGAAGAGGAGGCCGGUUCCACGCACAGCUCCAAGUCGGAACCUCAAGCCUCCCAGGCCGUCACGUCCAAGUAUCCCGGCACGGGCACUCCGGACGAUCCGUAUGUCAUCUACUGGGACGUUGGUGAUCCUGAAAACCCUUUCAAUUGGUCGACCAAGCGCAAGUGGGCCAUCACCCUCCAGAUGGCCAUAGGCACAUGGACUGUAUCCUUCUGUAGCAGUUCAUACUCGGGAGGUCUCAACGCAAUGGCCAAGGAGCUCCACAUGUCCCAAGAAGUGGCCAUACUCGGCGUGUCCCUCUAUGUGCUUGGCUUCGGUCUUGGACCGCUGGUCUUCGCACCGAUGAGCGAGUUGUACGGUAGACGUAUGAUCUUCCUGUCAACCUACAGCAUCUAUACUCUCUUCCAUCUCGGAGGUGCCCUGGGUCACAACACCGCGACAAUCCUCUCGACCCGCUUGCUUGCAGGAAUCUUUGGUUCCUCGCCACUAACAAAUGCCAGUGGGGUUCUCGCUGAUAUGUGGGUUCCGCGAGAUCGCGGCGUGGUGUCCGCAAUCUAUGCCACGGCCCCAUUCAUGGGUCCCGUCAUAGGCCCCAUAGUCGGCGGCUGGAUCGUCCAGACCCGCUUGGGCUGGCGGUUCAACUUCUGGCUCAUGUUCAUCUUCUCCGUCCUCUCGCUGGUACUCGGCUACUUUGUCAUGUCGGAAACGUACGCGCCCGCGUUGCUGAGGAGAAGAGCGCGGAAGCUGAGCGCGGCGAGCGGACAGUGCUACGUCUCGACCUUCGACACCGGCCGCAAGAUGCUGCUGUGGCAGAAGCUCCGGCUGAACCUGAAGCGACCUUUCAUAUUCUUGUUCACAGAGCCGAUCGUGUUGCUCUUCGCGCUGUACGUCUCGAUCGUCUACGCCACGCUGUACGCCUUCUUCGCCGCGUUCCCGAUCGUCUUCCAAGACGUGCGCGGCUUCUCGCCUGGUGAGGGCGGGCUCGCGUUCCUCGGCGUCGGCGCAGGCGUCGUGUUCGGGACGUCACUCGCGCCGUACCAGAACAGGCUCUACUGGAGGGCGAUGGACAAGAGCGAGACGGGCAAGGCGCCGCCAGAGGCACGGCUGUACAUGCCCAUGAUGGGCGCGCUCAUGUGUCCGCUCGGGCUCUUCUGGUUCGCCUGGACGAGCCUCCCGCCGGUGCCGUGGAUCGUGCCGAUCCUGGGCGGGUUCCCGUUCGGGUGCGGCAUCGCGCAGAUCAUGCAGGGCGUCGUGCAGUACAUCAUGGACGCGUACACGAUCUACUGCGCGAGCGCGAUCGCGUCGACGGUCAUCCUGCGCUCGGUCAUGGCCGCCAUCUUCCCGCUCAUCAGCCCGACGAUGUACGCGCACCUCGGCGACCAGUGGGCCACCUCCGUCUUCGCGUUCCUCUCGCUCGCGUGCAUGCCGCUGCCGUUCUUGUUCUAUAAAUACGGGCCGCUGAUACGGAGCAGGUCGAAGUUUGCUAGCAGCCAGCUGAGCGGCGCCACGCUGAUACCGUCGCCCCUCGAGACUGUGCAAGAAAAGGGAAAGCAUGCCGGGCACACCCAGAGCAAGGCCGCAUCCUAGGAUCUCCAGCCUUGCGCCGGACUACAGGCCGCUUCCCCAAAUCUAAAACAUAGAAGACUUUCUUCAUCUAGUCAUUGGAUACAUAAUGCUUCCCAUCAGCCACUCGGCACACUAGUAGUACUAAUCGUUGGAUUCCCUCAAGCAAGAUAUAUCGCCCAUAGACAAUUUGACGCUGUUACGUAUGCCUAGAGACGAAAUUUACGAAUUUCA